AUGUGUGAAAUAAAAAAUUAUCAAAUGGGGCUGAUCCGUGAUCGUAAGCCUCAUCACAAUUCAGCAUCUACACAUUUCCUUACUCGUUUCAUUGCUGUAGCUAUGGGGAUCCGAUUCAUUGUCAUGGUGAUGAUAUGGAGUAUCAUAUUUAUAAACUCAUUAUUCAACCAUGAAUCUCCUAUUUCUUCAAAAGAGAGUUACUGUGGUCCAUGUCCCAAAAACUGGAUAUGUUAUAGAGAUAACUGUUACCAAUUUUUUAAUGAGAGCAAAAACUGGUACGAGAGUCGAGCAUCCUGUGAAGCUCAAAAUUCCAGCCUCUUGAAGAUAUACAGCAGAGAAGACCAGGAUUUCUUUAAAUUGGUGAAGUCAUAUCACUGGAUGGGACUUGUCCGAAUUCCAACAAAUGGUUCUUGGCUGUGGGAAGAUGGAUCCCUUCUGUUACCUGACCAAUCGUCCUUUAACAAAUUUUUGAAAAUCAUUUAUCAUUAUGGUUUACAUGUCGUCAGUGCUCGGGCUUUGUUACAUCUUGACAAGCAGGCUGCCCUGCCCCAGGAUGCACACUGA